AUGUCCCUGGGGCCCGGAGAGCUGAGCGAGGUGCAUUUGUAUUGUACACUGCGUGCUCUGAGUGACCGGCGCGUCCGCGUCUCCGUGCGCGUGAGGUUGCGGUUGGUGACAGUGGCUGAGGGAGAGACCCAUGAGCAGCACACGCCAUCACCAUCACACACCAUCCAGAUUGUGCCUGGCAAAUGGAACCACCGAAAACGGAGAAAUGUGAACACACCUCCCCAGUUUCAGCUCCCCAACUACCAGGUGUCUGUUCCCGAGAAUGAACCAUCAGGGACCCGUGUCAUCACACUGAAGGCCACUGAUCCGGAUGAUGGAGAGGCCGGUAGAAUAGAGUAUGGAAUGGAGGCCCUCUUUGACAGCAGAUCCAACGACGUUUUUGUAAUAAACCCUCAGACAGGUGCUAUUACAACAGUGCAGCCAUUAGACAGGGAGGUCAAAGACACACACGUCUUCAAAGUAAUGGUAACAGACAACGGCUCCCCACGGCGUUCAGCCACGUCUUACCUCACCGUGACAGUCAGCGACACCAACGACCACGGCCCGGUGUUCGAGCAGACUGAAUACCGGGUAACCAUACGGGAGAAUGUAGAGGUGGGCUUUGAGGUCAUGACCAUAAGAGCCACAGACGGGGACGCUCCCUCCAACGCCAAUAUGGUCUAUAAAAUAGUCAACAGCGGCGGAGUGAACGCUGGUUUUGAUAUCGACCCACGCCACGGGCUAGUGAGGAUCAGAGAGCGGCCCGACAGAGAGACCAUGUCCCAGUACCAGCUUAUCGUGGAAGCCAACGACCAGGGGAAAGACCCUGAACCCCGGAGCGCCACGGCCACCGUCAACAUCUCUGUAGAGGACGAGAACGACAACUACCCCCAGUUCAGUGAGAAACGUUACGUGGUCCAAAUCCCUGAGAACGUGGCUGUCAACUCUAAAGUCACUCAAGUCGAGGCCACGGACAAAGACGAGGGAAACAACGCUAAGGUCCACUACAGCAUCAUCAGUGGCAACGUGAAGGGACAGUUCUACAUCCACUCUCCCACUGGGGUCAUCGAUGUCAUCAAUCCCCUGGAUUACGAGAUGAUUAGGGAGUAUAAUUUACGGAUUAAAGCUCAGGAUGGUGGCAGGCCUCCGUUGAUCAACGGGACUGGGAUGGUGGUGGUCCAGGUGGUUGACGUAAAUGAUAACGCUCCUAUGUUCGUCAGCACGCCGUUCCAAGCCACUGUGCUGGAGAAUGUGGCCAUUGGCUACUCAGUAAUCCACAUCCAGGCUAUAGACGCUGAUUCUGGGAAUAACGCUCGUCUGGAGUACCGUCUCACCGACACCUCCCCUGGUUUUCCUUUCACCAUCAACAAUAGCACUGGGUGGAUCACGGUCGCCGCAGAGCUCGACAGGGAAACCACCGAGUUCUAUACCUUCGGCAUGGAAGCGAGGGAUUGUGGGAUACCUGCGAUGUCAUCCUCGGCCAGCGUGAGCAUCACGGUCCUAGAUGUGAACGACAACAUCCCGACCUUCACAGAGAAGGUGUAUUCUCUAAAGAUUAAUGAGGAUGCUGUGGUGGGGACCAGUGUGUUGACAGUGACAGCCAUCGACAGGGAUGUAAAUAGCGUCGUAACCUAUCAGAUCUCUAGCGGAAACACCAGGAACCGUUUCGCCAUCACCAGUCAGAGUGGAGGUGGGCUCAUCACCUUGGCGUUACCCUUAGACUACAAACAGGAGCGCCAGUAUGUCCUGACGGUGACUGCUUCGGACGGCACGCGUUAUGACAUGGCACAGGUGUUCAUCAACGUCACGGACGCCAACACGCACCGUCCAGUGUUCCAGAGCGCCAACUACCAGGUGAUGAUUAGCGAGGACCGGCCCAUUGGGUCCACCGUGGUCGUCAUCAGUGCCACCGACGAAGACACAGGUGAAAACGCUCGCAUCACGUACAUCAUGGAGGACAACGUCCCCCAGUUUAAGAUCGACCCCGACACGGGCGCCAUCACCACCCAGAUGGAGAUAGACUACGAGGACCAGGCGUCGUACACGUUAGCCAUCAUCGCCAGGGACAACGGCAUUCCUCAGAAGUCCGAUACAACCUAUGUGGAGAUAAUAAUCCUGGAUGCCAACGACAACACACCUCAGUUCCUACGGGACAUGUAUCAGGGAACUGUAUUCGAGGACGCACCCGUUUACACCAGCGUGCUCCAGAUAUCUGCCUCCGACAGGGACUCCGGAUCCAACGGCAGGCUGAGCUACACCUUCCAGGGUGGAGAUGACGGAGAGGGGGACUUCUUCAUCGAGCCCUACUCUGGCAUCAUCAGAACAGCCAGGAAGCUAGACAGAGAGAACGUGCCUGUGUAUACCCUGAAGGCCUUCGCUGUGGAUAAGGGGAUCCCUCCUCUCAAAGCAGCGGUGGACAUCCAGGUGUCAGUGCUGGAUAUCAACGAUAACGCGCCCGUGUUCGAGAAGGACGAACUGUUUAUCUACGUAGAGGAGAACAGUCCCGUCGGUUCCGUCUUGGCUCGGAUCAGCGCCACCGACCCAGAUGAGGGAACCAACGCUCAGAUCAUGUACCAGAUCGUGGAGGGGAACAUCCCAGAGGUCUUCAAGCUGGACAUCUUCAAAGGCGACCUCACCGCCCUCACGGACCUCGACUACGAGUCCAGAACCGAGUUUGUCAUCGUGGUCCAGGCCACGUCCGCUCCGCUCGUCAGCCGGGCCACAGUCCACGUCCGUUUAGUCGACAUCAAUGACAACGACCCGGUUCUGCAGAACUUUGAGAUUAUCUUCAACAACUAUGUGACCAACAAGUCCAAUAGUUUCCCCGCAGGGAUCAUAGGGAAGGUGCCUGCCCAUGACCCGGACGUGUCGGAUAAACUCCACUACAGCUUUGAGUCGGGGAAUGAGCUGAACCUACUGGUGCUGAAUGCAGACACGGGGGAACUAAAGCUCAGCAGAGACCUGGAUAACAACAGACCUCUAGAGGCCCCCAUGACUGUCUCUGUCUCAGACGGUAUCCAUCAGGUCACAGCCCUGUGCACCCUGCGUGUCACCAUAAUCACAGACGACAUGUUGACCAACAGCAUCACGGUGCGCCUGGAGAACAUGUCUCAGGAGCGCUUCCUGUCCCCUCUGCUGUCCCUCUUCCUGGAGGGUGUGGCAGCCGUGCUCUCCACCAGCCGCCAGGCCGUCUUUGUGUUCAAUAUCCAGAACGACACAGACGUGCGGGGCGCCAUCCUCAACGUGACCUUCUCGGCGCUGCAGCCAGGGGGUCCCCCAGGGAGGUACUUCCCCUCCGAGGAGCUGCAGGAGCAGAUCUACCUGAACCGCACCCUGCUCCGACUAAUAUCAUCACAACAGGUGCUUCCCUUCGACGACAACAUCUGCCUGAGGGAGCCGUGUGAGAAUUAUAUGAAGUGUGUGUCCGUGCUGAAGUUCGACAGCUCCCCGCCCUUCAUCUCCUCCGACACGGUGCUGUUCCGGCCAAUCCACCCCAUCAACGGUCUGCGCUGCCGCUGUCCUGCAGGCUUCACCGGGGACUACUGCGAGACGGAGAUAGACCUCUGCUACUCAGGACCCUGCAGGAACAACGGGAAGUGUCGCAGCCGAGAGGGAGGCUAUACCUGCGAGUGUCAGGAAGACUUCACUGGUGAGCACUGUGAGGUGAACGCCCGGUCGGGGCGGUGUGUCCCGGGGGUGUGUAAGAAUGGGGGGAAAUGUGUGGACCUGCUGGUGGGGGGGUUCAUGUGCCAGUGUCCCCCGGGAGAGUACGAGAAGCCUUACUGUGAGAUGACCACCAGGUCCUUCCCUGGUCGGUCCUUCAUCACCUUCAGAGGACUACGACAGAGGUUCCACUUUACUGUCUCGUUCAUGUUUGCCACCAGAGAGAGGAAUGCCCUGCUGCUGUACAAUGGGAGAUUUAACGAGAAGCAUGACUUUAUCGCCUUGGAGAUUAUCGAGGAACAGAUCCAACUCACCUUCUCUGCAGGAGAGUCGAAGACCGUGGUCCAUCCCUUUGUUCCCGGAGGGGUCAGUGACGGCCAGUGGCACUCUGUCCAGCUGCACUACCACAACAAGCCCAACAUUGGUCGACUGGGGAUCCCCCAUGGACCCUCAGGUGAGAAGGUGGCUGUGGUUGCUGUGGACGACUGUGACAUUGCCAUGGCAGUUCGUUUUGGCAACCAGAUCGGCAAUUACUCCUGUGCUGCCCAGGGAACCCAAACAGGACAGAAAAAAUCAUUGGACCUGACAGGACCGCUGCUGCUGGGUGGUGUUCCCAACCUGCCCGAGGACUUCCCUGUGAGGAACAGAGACUUUGUGGGCUGCAUGAGGAACCUGAGCAUCGACAGCAAACCCACCGACAUGGCCAGCUUCAUCGCUAACAACGGAACCACUGCAGGUUGUCCUGCCAAGAUCAACUUCUGUACUAAGGAUUUGUGUCAGAACGGAGGAGUGUGUGUCAACAAAUGGAACACCUACAGCUGUGACUGUCCUCUGGGCUACGGGGGCAAGAACUGCGAACAAGUGAUGCCGUCUCCGCAGCACUUUGACGGCCAGGCCCUGGUGUCGUGGAGUGACCUCGACAUCACCAUCGCUGUGCCCUGGUACAUGGGCCUGAUGUUCCGGACGAGGCAAGGCACUGGCACACUGAUGCGGGCUAACGCUGGAGAAUUCUCUACGGUCAAUUUACUGAUAAGUGAUCAGUACGUGAGGUUUGAGGUGUUUCUGGGAUCUGAGCGGGUAGCGGUGCUGGGCUUCCCUCAAGUCAGGGUGAACGAUGGGGAGUGGCACCAUGUCCUUGUGGAGCUGAAGAGCGUCAAAGACGGCAAGGACAUCAAAUACAUGGCCCUGGUGUCACUGGACUACGGACUGUACGAGAGGUCUGUGGAGAUAGGUAAUGAGCUGCCAGGUCUGAGGCUGAGGGCUCUGUAUCUGGGAGGAUUACCAGGAGUGGGGAACGACGUCCACGAUGGCUUCACCGGAUGCAUACAGGGUGUGCGUAUGGGUGAGACGUCCACCAACGUGGUCAACGUGAACAUGCUGCAGGGUUCUAAGAUUCAUGUAGAGGACGGCUGUGACCUGGCUGACCCCUGUGACUCUAACAUCUGCCCUGAAAACAGCCACUGCAGCGACGACUGGAGCACACACACCUGCGUCUGCGACCCAGGGUACUUUGGGAGGGAGUGCGUUGACGCGUGUCACCUCAACCCCUGUGAGCACGUGUCCACCUGCGUCCGCAAGCCUAGCUCCUCCCAUGGCUACACCUGCGAGUGUGGACAGAACUACUACGGACAGUACUGCGAAAACAAGGUUGAGAAGCCGUGUCCUCGGGGCUGGUGGGGGAACCCCAUGUGUGGCCCUUGCAACUGUGACAUCAGCAAAGGAUUCAACCCUGACUGUAACAAGACCAGUGGAGAGUGUCGGUGCAAGGAUAACUACUACCAGCCCAAGGAUGAGGACACCUGUUACCCCUGUGAGUGCUUCCCUCUUGGGGCCCACUCCCGUACUUGUGACACACACACCGGACAGUGCCCCUGUAAGGCCGGGGUCAUUGGACAACAGUGUAACCGCUGUGACAACCCCUUCGCUGAGGUCACCGCCACCGGUUGCGAAGUGGUGUACGAGGGCUGUCCCAAGGCCUUCGACCAAGGGAUCUGGUGGCCUAAGACCAAGUUUGGCCGUCCUGCAGCCAUGAACUGUCCCAAAGGAUCUAUCGGAACUGCCAUCCGCCACUGCAAUGAUGAAAAGGGCUGGCUGCCUCCUGAACUCUUCAACUGUACCACAGUCUCCUUCUCCCAGCUCAUGAAGAUGAAUGAGGAGAUGCAUCGUAACGAGUCCAGGAUGGAUGGCGAGCGCUCCAAAGCGAUCGUCCGCCUGCUCCACAACGCCACCAACCACACGGACAGCUACUACGGCAACGAUGUGAAGACAGCAUUUCAGCUGCUGACCAGGGUCCUCCAGUACGAGAGUCAGCAGACAGGCUUCGAUCUCACCGCCACGAGGGACGCAGAGUUCAACGAGAACCUGGUGAGAGCGGGCAGUGCCAUCCUAGACCCUGGCACCAGAGACCACUGGGAGCAGAUCCAACGCUCUGAGGGGGGAACCGCCCACCUGCUGCGCCACUUUGAGGAUUACACCAACAACCUGGCACGGAACAUGAGGAAGACCUACCUCAUACCAUUCACCAUCGUCACUGACAAUAUGAUCAUUGUUGUUGAUUACCUGGACACGUCCGUCCCUGAGCAGGCCUCAUUCCCUCGCUUCCAUGAGAUCCAGGAGUACUACCCCAAAGACCUCACGUCCUCUGUCCAUUUCCCACAGUUCAACACUAGGGCCCAGGAGGUCCCCGACAAAGUAGUCGAGCCCAGCCCCAGCGUCGAGCCCUCUCAGACCGACGCCCCUGAAGAGGAUCACAACCUAUCCAAUAAGAGACGCCGCCAUGUCGAGCCCGCCGCCCCCCUGCCUGUUGCCGUGGUGAUAGUGUUCAGGUCGUUGGGUCAGCUCCUCCCUGAGAGAUACGACCCGGACCGUAGGAGCCUCAGGCUGCCCAACCGUCCAGUGAUCAACACCCCCAUAGUGAGCACGUUGGUGUACAGCGAGGGUUCGCCCCUCCCUUCUCCCCUUGACCCCCCCAUCACACUGGAGUACACACUACUGGAGACAGAGGAGAGGACCAAACCUGUGUGUGUGUUCUGGAAUCACUCCAUCGCGAUUGGUGGUACGGGAGGCUGGUCGUCUAAGGGAUGUGAGCUGCUGAACAGGAACAACACACACAUCAGCUGUCAGUGUGACCACAUGAGCAGCUUCGCUGUGCUCAUGGACAUCUCCAAGAGAGAGCAUGGUGACGUGUUACCCCUAAAAAUUGUGACCUACACCACGGUGUCAGCCUCCCUGGUAGCCCUGCUCCUCACCUUCAUCCUGCUGGCUCUACUCAGGAAGCUACGCUCUAACCUCCACAGCAUCCACAGGAACCUGGUGGCCGCACUCUUCUUCUCCGAGCUCGUCUUCCUCAUCGGCAUCAACCAGACUGACAACCCGUUUGUGUGUACGGUGAUCGCCAUCCUGCUCCACUACUUCUACAUGUGUACGUUUGCCUGGAUGUUUGUGGAGGGCCUCCACAUCUAUCGCAUGCUGACGGAGGUCAGGAACAUCAACCACGGUCACAUGAGGUUCUACUACGCCAUGGGCUGGGGCAUACCUGCAAUCAUCACAGGUCUGGCAGUGGGUCUUGACCCUCAGGGCUAUGGGAACCCAGACUUCUGCUGGCUCUCUGUCCACGACACCCUCAUCUGGAGCUUCGCAGGACCCAUCUCUGUAGUCGUCCUGGUCAACAUUGUCAUCUUUGUACUGGCAGCUAAGGCAUCCUGUGGACGCAGGCAGAGGUCCUUCGAGAAGUCUGGAGCCAUUCCUGCUCUGAGGAUAGCCUUCGUCCUCCUAUUGCUCAUCAGCGCCACCUGGCUGUUGGGCCUCAUGGCAGUCAACAGUGAUGUCAUGACCUUCCACUACCUGUUCGCCAUCUUCAGUUGUCUGCAGGGCAUCUUCAUCUUCUUCUUCCAUGUGAUCUUUAAUAAAGAAGUGAGGAAGAAUCUGAAGAAUGUCUUUACUGGGAAGAAGGCUUUACCGGAUGAGUCCAGCACUACCAGAGCAUCUCUACUGACUCGGUCUCUGAACUGUAACAACACGUACACUGAGGACGGUCCUCUGUACAGGUCAGCCAUUGGGGAGUCCACUGUUUCUCUGGAGAGUGCCGUCAGGUCAGCCAAAAGCCACAGCAGCUACCUCGCUUACACACUCAGGGGUGACUCUGGUCAGAAGCCCAGUGUGUCGUCGGCAACAGCGAAAGCAGGACACACUGACCUGGACGGAUCUCUGUUCCACAGGAACGGCACUAAAGGAGGAGACGACUCGGACUCGGAUAGUGAGUUGUCUGUAGAUGAACACAGCUCGUCCUAUGCCUCGUCUCACUCUUCCGACAGCGAAGAUGAUGACAUGGACAUCAAGCCCAAGUGGAACAACGAGAGACAGCCUCUACACAGCACACCUAAAGGGACCAGCAUUGCGCCCAAAGUGGAAGUAGUGUCCAAUCACGUGAAGCCUUACUGGCCCAAGGAGGCGACAACAGCCAGUGACAGCGAGGAUCCUGGGGGUGCAGAACGGCUGAGGGUGGAGACCAAGGUGAACGUGGAGAUGCACCAGGAGAACAAACUCAACCAUGUAGGCGAGAGAGGAGAGACACCCCAGGACAGGGAGACCCCCACUAGGGAGAAUGGACCUCCCAGUCUACCCUCCAAUGGACCCUCCAAUGGGCCUCCAAGCCUACCCAACAGCACUCAUCAACCUGAGCCGAAGAAGGGCAUCCUGAAGAACAAGAUCACGUACCCUCCUCCCUUGACCGACAAGAACAUGAAGAACCGACUGAGAGAGAAGCUGAGUGACUACAACCCUCCCACCAUCUCUUCCUCCAUCCCUCCACCCGUCAUCCCUCCAUCUAAGACCCCCUCCGUGGCCUCCAACGACGGGGUGCACCCCGUAUCUCUGGGCAAGAGCAACAGCGCAAUCAUCAAGCCGCCGAUUGCCCCACGGCCACAAUUACCACAGAAUGGGGGCGUGGCUAUGAGCAUGAAGGCGAUAACAACCAACGGAGGCAACGAAUCAGACUCAGACGGCAGUAAUGAAACUUCAAUCUGACCCAGCAGGAAAACCAGAGUCUCUCUGCCCUUAUGAGAGGAGAAAAGAUGAUCUCUCACUGAAGUAGAGGAGAGAAGGAGGAGAAUAAAGGAACAAGAGAAGAAAGGACAAUGAAAGGAAAAGAGAGGAGAAAACAAGAGAGUAAUGGAGAAAAGGGAGGCGAGAAAAGGAUAGGUAUAAAGAAAAAGAGAGCAGGUAUCACACCCAUGUGCAAUGGAGAAGUGACCUCUCGCCCUUCACCUCUCACCCUCUUAAUCUCGUAAGGAGAGCAGUAUUACUGCAGAGCCCAUGCCUGCCGGACUAAAGUAAAGACAAGAAAAGGGAAUGUAUGCAUCAGACUUAACCAAGUAAAGGAUGGGGUCCUACCUACUGGACUAAUGGAACCUCCUGUGCCAAACCACAUUUUUGAAAUCCGUGAAGAAAGACUCCAUCCCCCAGAAUGAGUGACUCACAUUGGUCGAUCAGAGACUCUUAAGAGCCUCAGGACUGAUACAGAUAUGGAUGUAUGACCACUGUGUGCCGGUACAGUCAGAGGUAAUCCGGAGAAAGACUUCUAAGACUACAAAUCCUAUGGAGACCUACAGGAAGCUCAGGAGAAACUCAGAGACUUACCAACUGCCCUGUUCCUCCAAGCUAAUCAUAGAAAGAGGAGCAUAGCUUUUCACCCAAUGCUUUUAGAGUGUAAUUAAUAUGUAGAUAUUUCCUCAAAAAAAUCUAUAUUUUGUAUUUGAACUGUGUCAUCAUGGAUGAGACAAAACAACAUAUUUGUAAAUUGAAAAGAAAAUGCUUUUGUAAACACAACAAUUGUAGAAAUCCUUUGUCAUUGUGGAGAAAUCACACGCUGUUAUAGGACAUGUUCUUCUGUGGCUCAGACUAGCAAACCUGUGCCUUAUCGUUGUGCAAACCAUGCCCAUCAGGCACUCCAGGAGUGCUCCCCCCCAAAAAAAUUGAACACAGGUCAGCAGCACACACCCAUUAUUCUGCUUACCAAAGUAGAUCAAGAACCACUGCAGUACAUAUAUACGGUAUGGAGUCUCUAAUGUCAAGCUAACCACUACACAAGUAAUGCCUUUAUAACACUUCCUAUCAUGUGAUCGGCACUGUACAAAAUGUCUUAUUUUUUUUUGUAUGAUCAAAGACACUGGAAUCGUUUUGUAACACAUGUAUAUUUAUUUUUAUGGUUUCAAGACACUAGAAAAAAAUGAUUGUAACUGUAAAAUUAAAGAUGACACGUUGAUUUUU